UUCACUCGGUCGGUCAACCUCAUUGCUUUCCUGCCCUUUUUUGUUAUUAUAACACUUGUUUUGGUUUGCAUAUGCAUAUGAACUGGUCAAUUUGACUCUCAUUGUGUUGAUCCAGUUUCGAAAUAUAUAUUUCGUUCUAUAUUUCAUUCUAGUCUGUUACAUUUCUAGCAGUCGUACCACACCACAGCAUUCACGACGUUGAUAAAUUCUUCCGGGCCUCGGCCAGCAAAUCCUUUAGAAUGAAGAUAUUCUCUCUGCCGCCUAUUCCUUUGGUCUUGUUAUUUACGAACAUUAAUAAAGUCCUCGCACAGAAAGAUAAUGGAGAAGAUUGUUCAUGUUUUCGGACGGAUAGUGCGUCAUCUGGAUAUUUCACAUACCAUCGAUUCCAUGAUUUUCGAACAGUAGCAGCAGCUUCGCAGACUGUGCCCAAUUUAAUUUCGAAUGAAAGCGAUACAUCGAAUGCACUGGCAACAUCAGAAUUCUUCUCGGGGCAGGCUUGGAAUAAUGAUUGGUCGACGCAGAAUUGGAAUAAUAGUGAUUCAAUGGAGAGUGGAAGUGGUGUGCUGAUGGUUAAUUCGGCAAAUAAUGUCUACAUUGAAACCUCUACCGAUAAUGAUACCUCCUACGAUACCUAUCUUACCCUCCGUACAGCGCGUCUCGAGGGCUUCCAAUCCGUUGCCGAAUUCGACUCCAACGAAAAGAAUUUCCAAUAUAUGUCCGCCCGAUUCCUAGCUCGAGUGGUUGGUUCCGAAGGAGCAUGCGCGGGAAUGUUCACUUAUCUCGAGUCUGACCCUAUCCAAGAAGCCGAUAUUGAGAUCUUAACAUCUGGUCCCCGUAACGUGGUCCAAUACACAAACCAACCUUCCUUAAAUAAAGAAGGUGAUGCCGAACCUAGAGCUACAAGCAAUGCUUCAACUUCAGACGGUGCUAUGGAUUGGAGUGUUUGGAAUGUAUAUCGAAUGGAUUGGAUGCCCAAACAAACAUCAUGGUAUGUUAAUGGAGAGAGUGUGGCGAAUAUUACAUACCAGGUUCCGAAGGAUCCAAGUGGUUUGAUAUUGAAUAUGUGGAGUGAUGGAGGGGAAUGGACGGGAAAUAUGAGUUUGUAUGAUGAGGCGUACCUGCAAGUUCAGUGGAUUGAAUUGGCUUUUAAUACUAGCGGGGAUUUUGCGGGCAGCAAGAGGGAUCUGGAGAAGAGGAAAAACAAAGGCUGUAAGGUUGUUUGUGGAAUUGAUGAAGGAGUUAAUGUUACGGGUAGCCCGGCGUUGUUGAUCAACAAUACUAAUGCGGCGACAUUGGGAUGGAAGGAGGGGACAGGGUGUAUGGGGUGGGUUCCCGUGUUUGUAGUUGGGUUGGCUGCUUUUGGGUUCUUGUGAUCUUUUUCAUUGAUGUUACGAUAUAUAGACGGAUAUCAGAAGGGUUGAGCCUCGAGCGGGAGCGAUCUCCGUAUUUCAAUAGGUUAUGAUGUAAUGAAUGUGAGAAAUAAUAAUUGUCUAUCACAUUACCCUAGCUACCUAGGUAGCAU